AUGGAUGUUUCUAAAAUAAAAGAGAAUUGGUUAGAUGGACUAAAAAGAAUAACCAAUUUAUUGGUAGAAGACGAAGAAUUUGAAAACUUAAAUUCAAAUGAGCAGGCGCUUAUACUCCUUGAAUCUUUGCCGAAACUGCUUCCAAGUAAGAAGCCGACCGACAAGACCAUCUUUAAGGUGUAUGAGCGUGGUACUGCAAUUGAAGAAACAAUUCCACCUGCAGAUUGCGAGCCUUAUCUUAUAGGAAUUGGGAACCCAGAAGAAACAGACAUUGUUCUAAUGUCAUAUUCUGAUGGAGAGCCAAUUUUUGUUGUAACUGCAUCAGAAGCCGUGCCACUUUUAUUAGCAAGCUUUUGGGUUUUCAACAUUACAUUUCCGCAUGAUAUACAAAGGCAAUUCUCCUUAUUAUCAAUAAUAAUAUUUAGAGAAAAAUCAACAAAGCUACUAACAAAAGAAAUGUUAUCUUAUACAACAGUAAAAAAUUUACUUGAAAAAGCUGGACUUAGAAAGCCAAGUGAGACGAACUAA